AUGAUCAUCAAGCGCAAAAGCUCUCUUCAACUUCUCCAUACUUUUCUCCUUGUGGUAUUAUCAUACUUGAACCUUGCACUCUCCUCCUCAGGAGUUGGAGAUCAUGCUGAAAUAAUCAGGUGCAUUGAGAGGGAGAGACAAGCUCUCCUCAACUUCAAACAAGCUCUUAUCGACGAUUACAGUCGUCUCUCUUCGUGGGAGAGUACUAAAGACUGUUGCAAAAAAGGUAAUAACAUAACGGAAGAGCUUCACGAGUUUCUGCAAAAAUUGUCUGGGGCAAAGAAUUCAUUAGAGAUACUGGAUUUAUCUUCCAACCAGCUUAAAGGUUCAUUGGCUGAUUUCACUAGAUCAUUUUCUCUGCUAAGAGAAUUGCAUCUUGAUAAUAAUCUAUUGAGUGGAUCAUUCCCAAAAAGCUUUGGAAACCUUCAAAGUCUAGUUUAUCUGUCUUUGGGGGGAAUCAAAUUACGAAGUCAUCUCCUGAUCUUUUCACUAUCUCCAUCUUUUGAAUCUUUACUAAUUGGACACAAUCAGUUGAAUGGGACUAUAGACAGAAGUGUUUGGACUUCCUCACCAGCCCAAGUAUUUCAGCUGCGCUUUCAACUCAUUAACAGGCAUAAUCUCUGA